AUGUACUCUGACUGCCUAAAUCACCUUUGUUCUUUUUUCGCUUCUUUCUUUCUUUCUUUCUUUCUUUCUUUCUUUCCUUCUUUUGAUUUUGUUUCAUCCUUCCUUCCUUUUUCUUUCUUUCUUUCUUUCUUUCUUUCUUUCUUUCUUAUCGUGCAAGCUCGGCAUUCCAUUAGACAAUGCUUCCAUUACCGUAGUUCAUUGCAUUUGGAAGCUUGUCCAGUCUGUAUCCCGUGUCUUCAGUCAGAUGGUCAACGUGCAUCUUCUUUGGUCGGCCUUGUGUUCUUUUUUCCACGGGAUGAUAUCAGAAUAGAACGUCUCAACCGGAUGAAUAGAACGUCUCCAACAACCUCGACAUUCCACGAGACGCUGCUUCCAUCCAUUCCCGUCGUUCAUUGCAUUUGGAAGCUUGUCCAGUCUGUAUCCCGUGUCUUCAGUCAGAUGGUCAACGUGCAUCUUCUUUGUCCACGAGACGCUGCUUCCAUCCAUUCCCGUCGUUCAUUGCAUUUGCAAGCUUGUCCAGUCUGUAUCCCGUGUCUUCAGUCAGAUGGUCAACGUGCAUCUUCUUUGGUCGGCCUUGUGUUCUUUUUCCACGGGAUGAUAUCCAGAAUAGAACGUCUCCAACAACCUCGACAUUCCACGAGACGCUGCUUCCAUCCAUUCCCGUCGUUCAUUGCAUUUGGAAGCUUGUCCAGUCUGUAUCCCGUGUCUUCAGUCAGAUGGUCAACGUGCAUCUUCUUUGGUCGGCCUUGUGUUGUUUUUCCACGGGAUGAUAUCCAGAAUAGAACGUCUCCAACAACCUCGACAUUCCACGAGACGCUGCUUCCAUCCAUUCCCGUCGCUCAUUGCACUUGGAAGCUUGUCCAGUCUGUAUCCCGUGUCUUCACAUCAUUUUUUCUUUCUAUCGUAAAAACCAAACUUUUCUAUUUAAAUCCUUCUGUUUUAUAUAAGCUCAGUUUGUUUUCUUUCUUUCUUUCUUUCUUUCUUUCUUUCUUUCAUUCUUUCUUUCUUUUCUUUCUUUCUUUCAUUCUUUCUUUCUUUCUUUCUCUCUUUCUUAUAUCUAAUGUUAAAUUUCUCACCCACUUAUUUUUGCCGACUUUUCCCGUCUUAACUCAUUUUUUCUUUCAUUCAUUCAUUGAUUCUUUCAAUCUUUUUUUGUUUCUUUGUUUGUUUCUUUGUUUCUUUUUUUUUCUUAUCUCUACUGCUAAAUUUCUCCUCUACUUGUUUUGUCCAUUUUCCCACCUUAACUCUUUCUUUCUUUCUUUCUUUCUUUCUUUCUUUCUUUCUUUCUUUCUUUCUUUCUUUCUUCCUUCCUUUCUUUCUUCCUUCCUUUCUUUCUUUCUUUCUUUCUUUCUUUCUUUCUUUCUUUCUUUCUUUCCUUCCCACAUUUCUCUUCAGCUCAUUCAGCCUUUCUGCAUUUUCCAUUAA